AUGAUGCUCAAACUUUUUUUGCUAUUUAUUUGUUGUCUCAUCACACUAUGCAAAUCAUUCCACAUCACUCCGAUCAGCUACACUCUUCUUGCGGAAAAUAUUGAAAGUGUUGUGAAUUUGGCUGGAAAAGUUCAAGAGAAACGAUUUUUCCUUCAAAUUUCGAAUGAAGCGUCUCCAUUCUUCAUGUAUGUCACACCAUGUGGAGCUCCGAUUCACUGGCAGCUCUUCUCUGUGGAUAAGGAUAUGAGUCUUUCUGAAGAACUCGAUGUUGUAUCCAGCAUCUCAACUCCACUUGAAGAAUCUGAAAAAUUCCGUUUGAUUGCUGGAGAAGAAGAUAAGAAAAGAAUGACGUUCUUCGCCCACAGAGUUCCGAAAAAGGUGAUUCUCGUUGUUCGUGCAUCAUCGCCUUCUGCUUCUGCUCGUAUAUUCUUUUCUCCUUCACUUUUCCGACUCGAAGAACAGUAUCCACCACUUCCUCACGAUACACGUCUUGCUACCAACGUACUUGAUGAUAUCUCCAAAAAAGACGAAGUUUCCGCUCAAAUAACCUGGAAAAUCUCACCACAAGUAAGAAACGCCGAACCAGGACGCUACCGUAUUUGCACCAUCGUAUCACGUCAAGAUCCAGAAUUUGCUGGAAUGUGUGACGACGUGGAAGAAGGCGUUGAAGCUGUGAAAUGUGUUCCACAAAUGAAUAAUUCAGUUGUUAUGGGACAAUUAUGGAGAGAUAGAACCUAUUACGUAACUGUAUUCGUGAGAGACCAGAAGCGAGGAUCUUCCUCUGCUUAUGAAGUUCAAACGAUCCAAACACCACCAUCACCAGUCAACGAAAUGGUAUCUCGUAGAAAAGUGCCAAGAAAUAUUCCAAGAAAACAGAAGAAAAAUGCUCCAAUCAUAUUAACUGAUGGGAUCAUGGGACAAGUUGAAUUGGAACCACGGAAGGCAUCUGUACUCAAUAUGAAGUUCUUUGUACACCCUCUUCCGAGCAAUCAAUCACAAACGGCAUAUCUCAUUGUGCACGCUUGCGAUGGACUCAUUCGUCUCAAUUUGUUCAGGAACGGAAAACUUUUGAAAAGAAGUGAAUCAUUUUCUGGAUUCAAAAGGUUUGUUGUGAGCAAUUUCAAAGCUGGACACCUUCGUUACCAGAUCAUCAAUGAUGAUGAUGCCAAAAAAACUAUCCGAGUUUGGACCAGCACCAACGCAGCCCAAUCUCCUUAUCCAAAUCUUCCGGAUGACACUAGUGUGAAAGUGGUUAACCGAAAAUGUGACUCUGCAACAAUUCAAUGGAUGCGUGGUCAGGAUGAGCAUUUGAAAUACUGUGUCUACCAAAGAAAAGAAAAUUCGAACUUUUUGGAACACCUUGUCAGUUUGGCUGACAAUCUUUGCCAAGGUGGUCUUUCUUCUUCAACACUCGUUGGAUGCUACGUUCAUUCUCCAACCUCAGCUGAAAUCGAAACUCAAUCUGUACUCGAAACGAUAAUUGGAAAUCUUCAGCCAAGCAGCACGUAUAGAUUGGAUCUUCUCGCUAUUCCAAUGAACAGACCUCACCCUCAAGCACUUCCGUAUCGAACUGUUUGGGUGAGAACGAAUCCAUAUUGUGCACAAGAAUAG